AGGUUUCAUUGGAGAUGCUCUAAGAUUUGGAACUCCAAAACGACAUCGUAUCCUUGUUUGGAAACUCUUUGAAUCUUACAAGUUAAAACGGCUCCACUCCAACAAGGGGCUGAAUUUGGUGACUCAAUUCGGUGCAGCAAUCUAACUAGCUUUGCAUUUGGAUUUUUUUUGUUAAUGUAGGAAGUUUGUGGAAAGAGAAAUGUCCAGGUUUCGAGGAAUGUUGCAAGCUUCCCUAAAUGCAACCAAGAAAGCACUUACAUGGAAUGUUGAAGACCUGGUGCCUCCAACUGAGAGAUUUAUUUUCAAUUUCAAUUCGAAGGAUGAGCUCAAGAAGUGGCAUCUAUAUUCUGACUCUGAAUACGGAGGGUUGUCCUCAGCAUCUUUAGAAGUUCCAGAUAAUGAAAAUGGGCCCACUGGAAUUUUCUCGGGUAACCUUUCGUUGGAUUUCAUUGAGGGUGCAAAGCUGAAGAUAAACAGGAGUGGCUUUUGUGGAAUGCGUUCCAAAAAGUUUGAUGGCUACAUUGAUUUGGACCCAUAUGAUACCAUAGCACUGAAAGUUAAAGGAGAUGGAAGAUGCUACAUUUCCACGAUCUAUACAGAAAAUUGGGUAAAUUCACCUGGUCAAGAAGAAGAUAAUUCGUGGCAGGCUUUUGUUUUUGUACCGAAAGAUAACUGGUACAUUGCAAAGAUUCCUCUUGCUCUGUAUCUACCAACAUGGAGAGGAAAUGUUAUCGAUGCAGAAAUGGAAAUGAACCCUUCUCGCGUUGUUGGCAUGUCUCUAUCAGUCAAUGCAGAAGGCGGUCUCCCAGGUGCUAGAACUGGAGCGGGUGAUUUCAAGCUCGAAAUUGAUUGGAUCAAGGCUUUACGAACAUAAUAACCUUGUAAAAUAUUUCGGAGUAACGAAGGUCGGUUGCAUCCAAGUUUUGUGUUUAUGGUAACUAAGUAUUCAAAGGUUUGACAUACCCAGAAAAUGAAUGCUCCUGAAUCCUGAUGCUAUCUUGCUUAAUACACAAUUGAAAAUUUUUGCAGUUUGCAGGUUAUUACA